CAAAACUUAACUAUUGGAGGAUUGUUCUUUGAAACAGUCUUAGUUGGUCUGACGUACUCAACAAAUGAUGAUCGAUGUGAGUCAUAGAGAUGAUAGUCCUAUGAAACAACUAUUGUACUAUAUAGCACUUUCACUAUGAGAGUCCUGUAUCCUAGUACACGAUGAGUGGCUAAAAUAGUUUUGUUACAAUACUGAACUCAGAAUGGGUCAUGAAAUAAAAGUGAACCCAAAAGCUCAAACACUUGAAAGUCUAAAAGAAAAGUUGACAUGAAUUAAAAUUUGUCUUUCAAUUUCGGCUUCACUCUGGAAUGACCCUAGUGACAGUGAAAGUGGCUGGGUAAACUACAGCUGGAAAUGAAUCUAGCACAGGUUUUACCCUAUGCGGACAUGUCCGAUCACCCAGCACAGAACUUUGAUCCUGAGUUGAUAUUUGUGGCCGCUCUCUUUGCGUUCGUCACGUUACUUCUGGUGACUCUGUCAUGUUUGUGUUGUUCAGGGGGCAGCAACUCAUCUGGCUCGUACAGGUACUACAGCCGUGAUGAAGACACUAUUACAAUAGCGGAUCUCCUCACCAAACCUCCACUGGCGGACCCAGAGUCCGUGUUCAGCGAGCUGUCCUACGACGGCAGAACGUCCGGGACUCAGAGCAGUUGGAUGAACGAAGAGAACAGCAGUACUUUUGAGUACGUCCCGUCCAUCAAACAUGGGCGACAGUUAGCCGUCGCCACCGAGCACUCUCGCCGGAGUCUGUCUGUGAAGCUCAACAACGCGGAGGAGCCCGCACUCACACCUCCAACAUCCAAGAAAUGGAGCAGCGAACGCCGUCAGGUGCAGCAAGCCACUAGGAUGCUCCGAGAAAAAGAAAAAGAGGUCAGGUUUAAUUCACAAAGCAACGUCCGAGCUGAAAAAAGCCACCUGUCUACCGUCUCGGAGAAAGAAAGUUCAACUGCCGAAAAAGCUGUGAAUGAGAACCUUCCAUUGUCAACCACCAACUGUGUUGCUUCAAAGGUGAACGAGGAGACCAUUGCUCCAGACGUGCAAGUCGAGGUUGCGUUGCCUGGAGUCAAAAAGAAGGUGGUGAAAUCCAGUGAAAUUAUUGAAGAUUCUGGACUGAAAAUCCACAAAGAAGUAGCCAAGCCGAACACUUAUGCCUUUUCCAGCUCUUCGCGAUGCAGCUUUAGUCACGAAAUCGGACACAUCGCUAACGGAAGCAAACUUCCUAGAACGAGCUUACCGAGAACUGAGGAGCACGAAAGUCCGAAGACAACAAACAGAAAGCUAAGUGCCACAGGGCAGAGUAGCAGUGCCUCUAAUCUCUUGAGCCAGAAGUCUCCCAUCAAUGUAGAUAAAGUUGACAAUCCUGUCCAUAAGUGCGGUCAACAUUUAGUUGAUGCUCACAUGACCAAAGCAAAUAGCGAUCACGUUAUAUCAUACAGAAACAAUGAAAAUGUUGAUGACUCGAAGAGUCUAGGAGUUGACAGUAGUAACAAGGUAGACAACCCUGUUAAAGUAGCAGAUACUACUAAUGUAUGUGUUACUUCCCCGGAAACACAGAAUGGCGCGUGUGCACACGUCGUCUCUGUCAGUGGAGUAGCCACUUUAGAAAACAAUGUUGAACAUGCAUCCACUGAUGCAGGCGAUAGCAAAGGCGUGGUUAUGAGAAGGUCAUUUUCCCAAUUAUCAUAUGACGAACAUAAGCCUAGCCGUAGUGACGCAGCCCCAAAAUGCUUCAGUCUCAAUCUUAAAAUAAACUUUCUCUUUGGAGGCGACGCCACCGACGGCACGUUCUCCGCUGAAUGUGUCCCAGUUAUCUACAACAAAGAUCAAUCCCUCUCGGCAGAUUCCCAAUUGGAAAAAAUGAAGGUCCACACCAAUGGUCACAAUCUAUUGCUGACCAAUGCAGCUGGCAGUAAAGAUGAGAACAUAAAAGAAAAAAUGUUAGAGAACUCUUUUGCAGCUAAGACAAACAACUGCAAGUAUUUGGAAUCUCGAAAACGUCUGUCUGAACCAGACUACCUGACGAACAGAUGCCAACUGCAAAUUUCCAGGAGAAAUUCGCUGGCCACGACAAAACCGAAAGAAAAAGGAGGUCAGAGGUCAGAACUGUUGGUCCACGACUGUCCAAAAAUCUCAAACAUACAAAAACUUAACAUCAGACAGGAAGCGGAAGAGCAAGGGGCUGGAAGGAAGGAGUUAGAGAGUCUGCCCCAGAUGAGCUGCGUGGCUGAAGUGGACCAUGAACAAACAGAUAGUCAGAAAGGUAGUGCUGAGCACGUUGACGCCGGGGCUAGUGCUGGUGAUGAUGUAGUUGAUUUAGGGGUCAGCGAUAAGGGUGAUCUUGAGCACAAAGAGGCAACUGAAAAGGAUGAAGACGCUAACGAAAGUGCCAAAGCUGCUGCUAAAUUACGUAGAUCUAAAGUUUUACUGGGCGCUUCGCCACCGAGAUUAAAACGUCUCCCCGUCAAAUCAAUCAGAAAUUCUUCAUUUGAAAAUCCACUAGAUCCUAGAGUCUCGCUAAUUCCACUUCCAAUUGAAAAGUCUAAUUCUGCUCAGCCAACAACAUCAUCAUCAGGAGACCGCUGUGAGACUUCUGGCAAAGUUUCGACUUCAUCAGACGACACAGUGUCACAAAUAAAUAAAGAAGAAAGCAGCAGAAGAACUCUCAGACGAGAUGGUGAACAAAACGAAGUCCUUGAGAAAAGAAGAAAAGCUAUGGUGUUUAAUAACUUUGAAAAGAAGCCGACGUUAAACCCUAACGACAAGGUCAAGGCAGAAACACCGACGAGUGAAGCAAAACCCUUUAAGCCGGUAGCUCUGCCUAGAAAAUCUCUACCUCAAACAAAAGAGUCGAAAUUGCAAGGGAAGCAGAAGGUGGAGAACGAGAAGGAACAGAGCGCUGAAAGUCUGCCAGCUGUUGUCGAUAAGACCUUCCGAUCUAAAAGCGAGGGUAAAUCCAGCAGCAAAAUUCCCAUCCUGAUUGUCGAUGAUGACGAUGAUGACGAUUAUGUCAUUGUUGAUUAUACUCUUGACAGCAAGGCGUCGUCAGAGAAGAAAGAAGCUGCGCAGACCAAAGUCAUACCUGAGCACUCAUCCGCACAGGAGACGGAGAAAAACACCGGAAGUGACGAGAGCGACUACGACAAUCCCUGGGACGAUUUGGACGACGCAGUGAAGAGAGCUUCCAUGCGAUACAACCGCCGGCCCAGUCGCAUCGCCCUGGGGGACAAAGCUUUGUUUCUGAAAUCUGCAGAGGAUCUCGGCAGGCUUCUGGAAGAAGCUGAGAAGAAUCGAAAACUUCGUAAAGAAGCGAGCAGCGUCGAAAUGACUUCCCCAGAGGACGAGACCGCAGAAGCACCGAUCAUUCCUUUUACCAGAUUCUCACCUUACCGACAUACGGUGAAGGGAAUCGUUUCCCCGCACAUUGUAGCCGCUCAGUCUACGGAAGACAUUAUUAGCAAGGAUACGUCUUCGAGUUCAGCAAUGAGUGAAGAGAUAUUUGGAGAUCUUAGAAACAAAGGUAAAAGAAAUACAGAUCCACGUAGACCCCAGUCCAUGACCACAAAGCUAAAACCGGAACUUUCUUUGCCAGUUAGAAAAUUGCACAAGUAUUAAGACAAUUAAAGUUUGCGCACGAGAUAAGCGCUUAAUUCCAUUUGUUGUUAUUGUUUGUUUUUUCUUAUAUUCCAAGGAGAAACUUUGAAAAACAUGUUCCUUCUGCCUCUUUAGUAUUUUGUUAAUAUGUUUUGUAUAUUCUGCCAUUCUAUCAUCUGAAUAAAUAUUGCUAUGAGCAGUCAUUAUCGUUGGAAUAUUUGUUCUAUAAAUGUUUGGAGGGUUCAAAUGUAUACUAUCUAAUAGGUUGCCUAACUCCUCACCUUACUAUAUGGCUCCUUCUGUCUCGGGAGAUAAUGGAUGCGCCCAGAUGAGUCACUGGCUUAGGUUUCGUCUUGAGGACGGAGCAGAAUCUGACCGUUUUUCUAUUAAAGGGGCAAUUCAUUGUAUUUGCAACACAUUUCACCUGUACCUAUAGUACUCAUGAAAAUAAUCUAAUUUCGUUGCUUUUUUCUUACAAUUUUUCAUGUCAUCUGACCCCCCCCCCCGCACAAACACUUUUUUUCCCCUUCUUUUCUCAUCUAAAAACUCAAUACAAAUAAUCCCAGAUCAAGCUAAAAACUUUUUUCCCACCAGCCUCAACGGGAGAACAAUUUUGAUAUCUCAGUUUUGGCGCUAAAUUAUCGGUUGCUAAACUUUAAAAUUGUUUUGUCAUUACAACGCAACUGAAACAGAUAACAAAGAACAUUUUGUUUGCCAAUAACAUUAUUUGAGAUGAUUUUAUUCGUGAUGGCAUCUACCACAUUUUAAAAUCUGCCUAAUUCGUAUAUUUUCUAGCAUCUUGUUGGUUUUUGUUUGCUUACAUUAGGUUCAAAACGGACUAUAGUUCAUCUCGUAAAACAAUUUAAAAAAAAAAAAAUCAACUUUUCCAUGUGACUGUCGCGCCCUAUUCGCGAGAGACUUUCCCGUCUACAUGUAUCACAGGUCAAGAUGGAUUCGCUUUAGGAGUAGAGGAGCCAGCCAUAUUUCGUUUGACAUGCCUUUCUUCAAGAGCUGGCGCCAAUGCAUUUUCACUGUCCAACGCUUUCCUUGUUCCCAUGUCUCUCCACAUAGUGCGAUCUAGGGUUAGGUCCCAGUAGUCAACAUCGAUGUCCUAUGCUUUAAGGUCCAUCUAGGGUUAGGUCCCAGUAGUCAACAUCGAUGUCCUAUGCUUUAAGGUCCAUCUAGGGUUAGGUCCCACUAGUCAACAUCGAUGUCCACUGCUUUAAGGUCCAUCUAGGAUUAGGUCCCAGUAGUCACCAUCGAUGUCCACUGCUUUAAGGUCCAUCUAUGGUUAGGUCCCAGUAGUCAACAUCGAUGUCCACUGCUUUAAGGUCCAUCUAGGGUUAGGUCCCAGUAGUCAACAUCGAUGUCCACUGCUUUAAGGUCCAUCUAGGGUUAGGUCCCAGUAGUCAACAUCGAUGUCCACUGCUUUAAGGUCCAUCUAGGGUUAGGUCCCAGUAGUCAACAUCGAUGUCCACUGCUUUAAGGUCCAUCUAGGGUUAGGUCCCAGUAGUCAACAUCGAUGUCCACUGCUUUAAGGUCCAUCUAGGGUUAGGUCCCAGUAGUCAACAUCGAUGUCCACUGCUUUAAGGUCCAUCUAGGGUUAGGUCCCAGUAGUCAACAUCGAUGUCCACUGCUUUAAGGUCCAUCUAGGGUUAGGUCCCAGUAGUCAACAUCGAUGUCCACUGCUUUAAGGUCCCUUUCGAUCACAUCCACAUAAUGGAGGUGGGGAAUACCAGUUUUUCUUGAGUCCGUUUCGAGUUGUUCAUAAAAGAUGGCUUUCGGGAUACGGCGGACAUGGGCAAGCCAUGUCUGAGAAUGUCUGAGAAUUAUAAAGAUACUAAGAAGAUUUGUUCGAUCAAAUAUCUCAGCUUUUUAGGUGAUUUGCAAUGAAGACUGAAUAAAGAUCAAAAUAAUUAACAAUUAGUUAAUUAACUGUUGGUAAUUAAUUAUUUUGUUUGAUUUCGAAAUAAGGACAAUAAAUGCUACUUAACGAAUGAGAAAUGUGGAUAUAAAUAUAGAUUUAGUCACCCUAUUACGUUUUUUCUCCCACUUCCCAUUCUUGGAUCAAGUUGAAAUUUUGCAUAAUUAUUCACAGUCGAUAACAAUACACAAUAUCAAUUGAAAAAUUAACCAGUUAGUUAAUCAUUUAGUUCUAAUUAAUUCAUUCUGAUUAAUAUAACAGAAAGGGAGAUAAACCCAGUAUUUUUUUCAGAUAAAUGGCAGUACAUUGCGGUUCCUUCCCUUAGAUAAGCUUUGAUUUUAAAACGCAUUCUUUUUUUCUAUUGCUUGUUUUUAAGUUGAACUGUGUAAGCUUCUAUAUAAAAAUGAUGUUUGUUGAACUAUAUAAACCUUUGUAUUUGUAAAUGAUGUUUCUUCAACUAUAUGAGCCUAUAUUAAUCAAUGAUGUUAUAUAAAAUAUAUAUAAGCCUAUAUAUGUAAAUGAUGUCUAUUUAAAAAAAAAUGUAUAUAUGUAAAUGAUGUGCAGAACCAUGUUUAUUAGAGGUGAGUGUAACAUCAGAAUAAUUAUACUGCAGUUUUAUUAUAUUCUAAGCUCUUUAUGAUUUCUUUUAUCCAAGAAGUCAUACAUUAUACAUACAUUUCAUGCUCGUCAUGCAAUGCAAUGGGCUAGGCUUGUUUCGUUUGAUGUUUUUUUUUUAUAGUUUUCAUUGCACAAAUUGUUAUAAAAAAUAUAACUAUGCUAACUACUCUUAAACUUGUACUGUAAAUUUAUUAGAAUUUAUUUACUUUUUAAAAAAAAUUGUUUCAGUACCUUUCGGUUUACAUUUCUAAAUGUUUUAUUGUUGCACAAUUAUUUUUAUGAACAAAACAUUUUCACAUUAAGUUUAUCUCAGGACAUUCAGCUCUAUCCCAUCUCUGAACUACAAAAUAUAUAAAUAUAUAUCAAUGAAACAGCUAAAGCAAAACAGAAAAAAAUAAAUAAAUAAAAUAAACAUUUAUAAAAAAAAAUUCACAACUCUCUUAUAGACCUCAUUCACCAAUCGUAAACAAACAAUAUUUAGCCACGUGAUAAUAUUGAUAAAACAACGAAAAAAACGUAUCACGUGACAGCCUUAGUGUAUUACGUAAUUUGUAUAGAAGAGAUAGAGAAUCACGUGGCUAAAUGGUGUUUGUUUACGAUUGGUCCAUUAAAUCCUAGGCUUUACUAAAUGAUAUGAGAUCAACAAGUUACCUUUUAAAAUAAAAAUAACCGUGAAAGUCGGUAUCAUUGUUAUUGUUUUUACAAAGCUUCCAUCAACUCACUCUGUCUGUCUGGUACACAUUUUGUACACGUUAUUUCCUUAACUUUCCUUUCUCGGACCAAGUUGAAACUUUGUACAAUUAUCGAUUGUCGAUGACAACCCAUGAAUCAAUAAAAAAAAAUUAACUAUUAGUUAAGUACUUAGUGAUAAUUAAUUAAUUUUGUUUUAUAUAGAAAAGGGGAGAUAAAUCUCGAUUACUUUGAUAUAUAUAUAUAUAUAAAUUACUUUUCACUUCUCAUUUCAUGUUGUAUGUGUACAACUGAAUCGAAUCAAAUGUUUUAAACUGAAGUUGUUAUAGUUUGCCACCAGGUGUCUCUGUCAUUAUGCGCUUUAAUGAAAUAAGUAAGCAUGGUCUGUAACUACUGUCAAAGGGCAUGUGUUUGUAGAGGGUUGGGGCUGGACAUAGAUUUCUAUUUAGUAACAAUGUUGAAAGUAAGAUGUGUCAAUAUGGAUUAAUAGCGCUAGAUGAAAUGUCAAAUAAUCAUGUCAUUUGGCCCUUUAUAUGUUUGUUUUGAGUUGUUAAAAAAUCAAUUAAUAGGACUACAAUAUUAAACAAGUAAACUUUUGUAAAGUAAUAAA